AUGUCUGCCCCAAUGCAGGGCGGGUUCUCUGCAGACUCGUCAGUACCAAAACAACAAACAGACUCCCACUGCGCAGCUUCCAUGCAUACUCCACGAUACCCGUCUCCAAUCGGAGUCAGUGCAGACUCGUUCUGGGAAUGUCAAGGAUGUGGAGUCGCAAACGCGUUUGAGCAAACAAAUCGAGUCCGGCCUCUCGGCCGCUGUAGGUGCAAAAGCUGCGGAGCAGUCAUCACUUCGCUUUCACAGACUACCAACGUUGACGUCACGCCCAUGGGAGGGAUGAUGUUCAUGGUGUCUCUCCCGGCGGAUCGCAGCGGUCCUCCUCAGUCUCUCUUCGGCUCCGUCUGCUGCAACUGUGGCCGCUCCCACCUCCGCGAGCGCAUAGAAUUGGCAGCACAUUCGAAAGCAUCGCAAUCCCAAGGGGCUCCAAAUAACUCGCUACGCAAAAAGAUCUGGAAGGCUUACAGGAAGAUCAAGGACGGCGAGACUGACGAGGCUUGGGCUAAUGAAGCUGAUGACUCGUUCCCAGAGCGCAAGGCCUUCACAGUCAAGUUCGACAAACCCUGUUGUUGCGGCCACAUUCCUUGUAUGCGAUGCCCAAAGUUCAAGGUCGCUGCCGAUGGCGAGUGGGUUACCCAGGUCCGCGAAGUCGAAACACCGAGUUCGGAUCCAAACGACUUGUAG